AUGGCAGGGGAGCAAAAACCAGCCUCCAGUCACCUGGAGCAGUUCGUUUUAUUAGCCAAAGGCACCAGCGGUGCAGCUCUGAUCGCUCUCAUCAACCAAGUGCUGGAGGCUCCAGGGGUUUAUGUCUUUGGAGAACUACUGGAAUUGACCAACGUGCGAGAGAUUGCUGAAGGGCCCAAUGCUGCUUAUUUCCAGCUGCUGAAUCUCUUUGCCUAUGGAACCUACCCAGAUUAUGUUGCGAACCAGAACAGCCUGCCAGCUUUGACGGGGGCCCAGAAGAACAAGUUGAAGCACUUGACCAUCGUCAGCUUAGCUUCCCGGAUGAAGUGCAUCCCUUACUCAGUGCUGCUGAAAGAUCUGGACAUGCGCAACCUCAGGGAGUUGGAAGACCUGAUUAUUGAAGCCGUUUACACUGACAUCAUCCAAGGCAAACUGGAUCAACGGAACCAGGUGCUGGAAGUGGAUUUCUGCAUCGGGCGGGACAUCCAAAGGAAGGACAUCAGCAACAUCAUUAAAACCCUCAAUGAGUGGUGCGACGGGUGUGAGGCCGUCCUGUUAGGAAUCGAACAGCAGGUCCUCAGAGCCAACCAGUACAAGGAGAACCACAACCGAACUCAGCAACAGGUGGAGACGGAGGUCCUGAACAUCAAGAAGACCUUGAAGGCCACCGCAUCCUCCUCCUCCUCUGCUCAAGAGAUGGACCAGCAGCUGGCCGAGCGGGAGUGUCCUCACCCAGAGCAGAGGCAACCCACCAAGAAGAUCUCCAAGGUCAAAGGGCUGGUCUCCAGUCGCCACUAG